CCAACUUGUGUUUCCAGUAAGUUAUUCAAUUUUUUCCAUUUUCCUGAAUUAUUCAGUAAUACAUAAUGUGUUUACAGCUUAAUUACAGUCUAAUUUAAAUGGAAACUGUUUGUGGUUUUGUGAUAAAAAUUAAUGUUUGUGCUUUUUUAGGAACUAGACUAAUGUGAUAAAAAGGAAGCUGUAAUGGGUAUGAUCACAGUGGGUGUGUUGUGUUCUAUUCAUACGUUUCAGAAGCAGAUGUAAACCUGGGAACUAUUUUAGAAGAUUGUACUCUGAAAAAGAAGGAUGGACAUCUGGAUUGUAAAGAAAAUUAUUCUUCUCAGCUUUCUGUUGAAAGGUGUUUGCUGUAGAGAUUUCAACGUCAGUUUGCCAGAGAAGAUUCAAGCUCUCAAUGGAUCCUGUGUGAUUGUAAAGUGCAGAUUUGACAUUAAAGAGUCAUAUGAUAAAGACCUCACUGAGAGAGCUGCUGGAGUCUGGUAUAAAGACAAACAUGAUACAAGCAGCAGUGUAGUGUUUAACUCCAGUGCAUCAAUGCAGAACUCUUUUAUUAAAGGGAAUAUAACUGGAAAAUUAAAAGACAAGGACUGCACCACUGUUUUUUAUGAUAUCAGAUCAAUUCACAGUGGUCAGUAUUUCUUCAGGAUUGAGGGUGAAGGUGGACUGAAAUGGACCUUUACAAAAAGCAAUACUUCAGUAGUUGUGAUCGAAACUUUGGAGAAUCCUCGAGUUCUGCUGUAUGAGGAUAAGCAAGAGCUGCACAAUCAGCAGGAGGUGUUGGAGGGCAGAUCUGUAAGUCUGCGCUGCUCUGCUGAGACUCUCUGCUCUUCUUCUCCAGCAACUCUCACAUGGAGCUCCACUGCCAGAAUCCCCCACAGUGAGAGCAGCAAACUACAGGAUCUCAUCGUCUCUGAUCUGAACUUCACUGCUGCUCCGCGGCACAACAGAGUCACUUUCAUCUGCUCUAUAAGCUACCAGCUGCAGGACAACAACAAAACAGCUCACAGCAGCAUCACAUUACAUGUGCAGUAUGCUCCUCGAAUCUCCAAUUCCUCCAGCUGUAACAGUACUAAUGUAACUGUGUGUUUCUGUGAGGUUGAUGGGAAUCCCUCUCCUGUAGUGGAGUGGCAUCUAUCUGGACGUCCCGUCUCGAACUCUUCAAACACGUUCAUCAGUGAAGAGCGAUUGAGCAACACAAGCUUGAGGAGCUUCAUCUCUCUACAUCAGUCUCUCACGCACACAAACACUCUACUGUGUUUCAGUAAAAACACUCGUGGCAAUGCAACUCAAAUUCUUCAACUGACUCCCUUUUCUCAGGAUAGAGGUGUACACAGUUUCUCUGUCCUGAUUGGAGUUGCUGUUGGGGUUUCCUUGAUAAUGAUGUGCAUUAUUAUAUAUUGUGUACGAAAAGAAAGAUGCAGAUGCUUACAGACAAAACAAGAAGAUACUACUGGAGUCAUUACGACUGAUGGGGCUGUUCAACUGGAGAACAAAACUGAAUAUGCCAAUUAUAUUAUUCUACCUCCUGAACUCACCACAAUACAUCCUCAAGAAUCUCUCCAUUAUGCCUCAGUUGAGUUCAAAAACAUCAAACAAGAGUCAAAGGAAAUGAAGGAAAAAUCAUCACUGACCACUGACUAUGCUGUUAUCAAUUACUCUGGUGGAGUGACAGAGACGGAAAGCUCUGUGGGAGGUAAUCAGCCAAGCAUUGCCCCCUCGACUGUGAUGACUUAUCAGAAAGAUUCAAACAUACCAGACUGAUGCAAAUAUUAGAGAAUGGAUAACAUGUGAAAACACCUUGUACUGGUCAGGUGAUCUUUUUUUUGCUUAAUAUUUGCAAUUAAAAUCAACCUGCACACUCAUGGACAUAAUCAGAGAUUGUACUUAUUUAUAAGGGUUUUUUUUUAUUACAAAAUACAUUUUAAAGAUAUUAAAUUUAAAAAAGGCUUAUUUUGACUUUUUUUCAGUUGGGAGACAGUCAAGCAUCAAUAUUGCAUCUGUUAUAAAGUUACAGAAAGAUUUUAAUAUGCCAGACUCAUGCACAUUUAGGAACAGUUCACAUGAAAACAUCACCCAGACAAUUAUUUUUCCUUCAUUCUUUCCCUCUGACGGUGUACUGUACAUUUAGCAGUUUGUAGUCCUUUUUUGACUUGAUUGAAGUCAUUAGGAUGGUACAAAUACAACAAAACUGAAUUGUUGCAUCAUCUUUUAACCAGCAGAGGGUAGCAUUUUUGGCAUGUUAUCCACACAGACGCAGCUGUAGUGUAACAUUGUAGAAUUGUAUUUGAUUUUUUAUAUAGUAUUUCUUUUUAUAAAUUGAGUAUAUAAAUUUUGUUGGCUUACAUCAUACUUUUCAGGAUUUUUUUUUUUUUCAAAUUCCCACGGUCAACAAUUCCCACAUUUAAAUGUAUUGUAUGCAUCUAUUGUAUUGUACUUUACACUUACAGUGUAAACAUUUGUAGAAGUCUAUUGAAAAAGUAAAGUGAAUAUAAUUGAUUAUGGCA